UGCAGUGGCCAUUUGUAUACGUUCGUCAGCCAUUAUCAACAUUACGUUUAUUCACUGCUAUUUUCGUCCAAGGUAGUCUAGCAUUAUAAUUAUGAAGAUAAUCAUCAAAACAAUAUUCUUACACCGUAAUAAGAAAAUCAACCGAACGAUAACGUGGUCCAAAUCCUAAAAGCUGCAGUGCUCUUACUAAUUGUAUUAUACAACUGUACAAAUAAUAACUACGCAUGUAUCGGGAUUAAUGCAGGAUUAAUAUGGAUAACAAAGCAUCAACUUUUGGCAUGUCAUUUUGUACAUCUAUAUAUUAUUAACAUAAAGACAAGUUUUUGCUAUAUAUUGAGUUUUACAAAGUCAUACAAGGAUGGGUACUUCAGGACAACCGGAUAGGUCUCUCGGUAGUGGAAUUUCAUUGCCACAAUGGAUGAAAGGAAAAAUAGAUAACAGAUUUGACUUUGACGAAGCCGCAUUUAGCCCACCAUCUUAUGAUGAUAGUUUCUUUUAUAUAAGGUAUCCAAAAUCACAAAAUUCCGAAGCACCACAACAGGGAUUGAAACGUAUUGUAACUGAGGUUUUGAAUGAAAACAAUAACACAGGUGCUUCAAAUCAGAUAACAAGUGACAAAUCCAUUUCCAAUUUGAAAGAGGUCAAGGAGAUUGAUUUUAGCAAGCACCCUUUGCCAUGCCAACCGUUUAUUCCUAUCAUAAACAGUAAAGCUGGCAGUGUUAUAUCUCAAAAGACCUCGACAAGUGGAAAUGUAAAACCUAAAUCACAGGGAACAGACGACGGUUUUCACGGUGAACCGGCUCUUUGCGGCAAAUCGAUUGUUCAUGUUGCCAAUCAAAUGAUGUCUGGUAAAUUCACCAAAAUAUUUACGUCGGAUUCACACUCUCAGCAAAGCUCUCAAGAAAGCUCGCUGAAAAAUGUUAGCAAGUCGUUACCGGCAACUCCGUUGACGUCGCCUACAGGAACUCCAGAUAGUUCACCGAAAGCGCGUAGGAAGAUUCUUGCUAACAGAUACUUUACAGGUGCAUUCGUACCAGACAAGGAGAAAUAUCAAGGUAAUUGGAUUUUGUCCAGCAUAUUAGGUCAAUCACGGGAAGUUAUUACAGCAAAGAUAGAGGAGGAAGACGAGCCUUUGGAACCACGCAAACCGCUUAAUCGAAAAAAAUCGAUAUCUUCGCAAAAUCUUACAUAUAUCGGAAAGGAAGAAAAAUCGGCAAAUAAGUCGUCUAUUUACGUAAAUGUACUCGAGGCUAAACCGUCUGAAUUAAGAGAGAUGAAUUUUUGGUCACCAACUUCUAUGUAAAGCUAUAUUCAAUUUAAUUUUAACCAUGUAGCUGCUAAUUAUGCUUCCACCAAACUAUACUUAGAUUAUUUAGAUGAAUUUAGUUUUUAAUUCUACAUUAUUAACGUGUAACUUUAAUUGAACUCAUCAUAGAAUUAAUUCGGACAUUUCGUGGAAAUAAUCACGAGUUUUACAUGUGAAUUCUUAAAAAUUUAUAAAAUAUAUAUUCGUAUAAACUUUUGGGGUCAAAACAGCCUGUGCAUUCAAGCAGUUAAAACGGGGCUAUGUCUCGUACGAUUAACGAUAGAGAAGGUGGCAGAGAAGAAAGCUGAAGGACUCAAUAAUGUCUAUUUUCUUAAAAUAAUGUAUUCCACAUAUUUGCGUCUGCAAAGUGCGCAUAUUGCGCUGUAUGAUGAAGCAUAUGACUUUUUAUAUAAUCAAAUUCAAAGCUCUGCACACCAUUAGCUCAAUUCAAGGAAAGCUGCUUCCACGUCAUGAACUAUAUUCUGUCUUUUUCUUACUAGUUUUAUUCUAAUUAUCUUGCAAAAGUAUUAAAAUAAUGCCAUUGAUGAAUAAAUAAUUUUAUACGACACAUUCCAUAUUUUCUAACAUAUACAGAAAAAAAAUAUCUUAUAAAUUAUUAAUUUUCCAGUUUUUAAUUAUUAAUGAGAUUAUAUCUUUAUAUGCGGAAUACUCUCUGAAAUCAAUGGAUUGAUUUAAAAAAAUAAUUGCAUAAAAAAAUGCAGUCGCACUUUGCAGAUGCAACAUUGCAUGUAUAGAGAAAGUAACUUGAUCGGAAAAUAGACAUUUUAAAACUUUCUAUUUUUUUUUAACAUCAGCACUAAGAAGUAUGACAUUGAAUUAAUCGAUUCUACUCGUAUGAUGAAAUUAUUAUCGAUAUUUCCACUAAAACAAAUUUUUGAAGUAUAUACACGCUACGGUUUGUUAACUUUGUUGUGUUAAUUACUUAAGAUUAAGAAUAUUGAUAUUUCGAAUUAAAAAUACUCGUCCAUUCUCUGUGCACUGCAUCCAGAUUGCGGCACAACCGAAGUGUGUUGAAUAUGCCAAAUUUUGUCAAUUUAAAUGGCACAUUUUAUCAACGUAGAACAUCUUGUAAACUGCGAUGUGCAGUAAAUUGAAACACAGUACGAUAAAAUAUAUAUAAUACACUAGGCUUCAUUAAUACCAUUAUUCAGUUAUGCAUUUUCAAGUUGGAUUCAGCAUGGCUAGAUAUUUAGUCGAGUCGGUUAAAAACCUUGAAUUUAUAUUUUCAUGGAUUAUUUUAAUUUUUGUAAUCUAUUAUAUUUAUUGUUUAACUUUAUGUUUAAUCUUUUACAUCUCCCAAACAUUUAAAGAUGUCAUUGUAACAGAUACAAAUUUUGAGACGUAUAUAAUGUACAAAUAUUAAACUUUGAUGUGACUUGAAAAUAGCUGAACUGAAAAUGCAAGAUAUUAAUGAUGCCUGGUCUACAACUCUAUCAUAGAUUUCACUACGUUCAAUAUACCUUCAAGAAUUUUCACUGUUAGUUAAAUCGAGAUUGUUAUUAAACACACAAGAAAAUUAUGUACAAAUAGGUAUAGCCAAUACUGACUUAUGCCAAUAAAAGCAUAAAAGAAUAUUUGA